AUGAUAUCUUCAAUUUCAAAUGCUGAACAAAAUCAGGAACCUCGAGCUCAUAAUAUAAUGCAACGACAACUAUCAUCCCCAGUACAACUACCACCAAUGAGUGCGAAUCAUCAACAUCAACCAGACGAAGACUAUUGUGACCCACAUGGUAUAGAUCUGAUUCCAGAGGACAAAGACAUCUUGGAAAAUGAGCUCGGCGAUUAUAGUCCUGUUGCAAAGAAUUCUUCAGAUGUCACAAUAAGAAAUGACAACCACGACAAUCAUCCCCAUGACAACGACCGCACUACUCAACAACAACGUCGUCCAUCAGUUACAGAACGAGUAACGUCUCCAUAUCCAAUGCGAGCCGGGUCUUUUCCCGAGAGUGCUUCUAUGAUCCUUGAACAUCAGAAUAACAAUCAAGAAAUGGUGGCGCCUAUUAUGUCAAGUGCAUCCCAGCCACCUUCUGAUUUUGCCACUGGUGGGAUAGGGAUACGGGCAAUAUCGGCAGCUGGAACUAAUCAAAAUAACAAAUUAUUUUCCAAAAAACAAUGGAAUCAGAAUGUGAUGAAGGGCGAUUUACCAAUCAAUGCAUCUGGGACUAAUCUAAAUGUUUUCCUAAGAGGUGAUAGAAGACAUUCAUUAAGUCCAACUAUGAAUGAAUUAUUGACUAGUCCGAAAUAUAAAUCGAUUGAUUCUGGCACUAGUGGAAGUGCUUCUAAUAAAGGAAGCCCCAGAGGGAAUCUUAAAUCAAAUAGUUCAUCUACGAGUAUUCCGAAAGCUACAGCUACUAGUGCAAGUGACAAGAAGAGAUUGGUUGAUCAAUUUUAUAAUGCAAAUGUCAAACCUAGCACCAGUAGUAGUCGAGGGAGUAGUAGUCUAGAUUUAUCUAGUAUGUUUCGAAAUGCCAAUAAUGACAUGGCACUGUUGCCGGUUACAGGCGAAAGUAAGCUACGAUAUCAGGCUAGUGGGGAUACAUCUAGCGAAAUGACGGAGAAUUCGAGUAAUGAAACAGAAUCAACUAUGAGUGGAAAAUUAAAUGAUGAAUCAUUUGUUAAUAUUCUAAAUGAAGGAGGGUUUAAGUUUAAUUAUGAUUCAAGUCGAUUAAUGCAAGAUGAAGAAUUGAUGAAUUAUUUAUUGAAUAUAGAUACUAUGCUUGAUUCAAAUCCAGAAGAUAGUUUAAAACCUUUUGAACAAUUAGGCAGUAUAAUGUCAGGAAUAUCGGAAAAGAUUCUGAUUAAAUCCACCCUGGAAAUAACAAACCCAGAUAACAAUAAUAAAAUAGGCACAUCUCUUGAUGAGUUAGAAGGAUUACUGAAUUAUCUUGACAAUUUAAAAUCACAAACUCAACAAUUAAUGACCCAUUUGAUUGAAAAUAGAACAUCAAUCAGCAAAAAAUAUCAAAAUGAAAUCAAUGAAAACAUUAAUCGAAUGAGUCAAGUUUCUGCCCAAUUAGAAGGAUUAGAGAACAAAUUAAAUCUGAUUAAAGAUAAAAUAACCGAACAAAAAGCCGUUAUAUCUCAUGAAAUGAUGGAAAGAUUAGAUUUAUUAGAACGAGUUAAUCGACAAAUGCAAGUAUAUUCUAAAGAAAGUUCAAGUCGGAAGUUUAUGCAAGUGAAUAUUACGAUUGCUGUCUUUAUCUUGGUUUUUGGUAUUUAUUAUGGAUAUAGUAAGGGAUAG